AUGAAAAUAAAGAUAUAUCCAGAUCAUGGUUCAGUAUGCUUUGGAUCAGGAAAAAAAUCUUGGGCUUUUUUAUGUACUAAGCUUGCUCUUAUCUAUGCAAAAAAAAAAAUUCAAAUGUUGAACCACAAAAACUACAAGAAAAAUUUUGGGGUGAUAAUUAUUUCGUUGCUGUGUCCAAAUGUUGGCGGAAGAAAAGCAAUGAUGAUUCAGGAAAAUAAUUACAAAGUGCUUUUACCGCAUUCAUAAUCGAAUCAAUCUGUAAAUUGGCUAAUUCAAUCAUAAAAGGAAAUAGAAAAAAAAAUGUUCUAUAUCUUGGGAUUGGAGCUUACAUAGGAGGAAUAAAAAUUGAGUGGUAAAUUUCUCUUAAAAGCAGUCAUGUCUAAGUGGAUUAAUACGGCUGAUACUUUGAUUGAGAUGAUUAUUUGCCAUUUGCCUUCAUCUACGGAGGCAAAGAAGUUUAGAACAUCCUUUUUGUAUGAAUGUCCUUAAUACGAUACCAUAGCUUCAUUUAUGUGAGAAUCUGAUUCUAGGGGACCCUUAAUUAUGUAUAAUUCAGUUAAAUUAUAUUAAAAAAACUGAAAUGUUAUCAUUAAAUUAAAUUUGAAAUUAUAAUAUGUAUUGUUGAUUUUGUACAAAAUUUUAUAACCAUUUUUUUAACCAAAUUCUAAUAUAAGUCGAUUUUUUGCUUUUGGUAGAGUUUUUCAGAUAGCAUAAGUACAAGAUAAUUGAUUAGAAUAAUUGUCCAAAUCAUAAGCACGGGAAGAUAGAAGAUUUAUUUGAAAAGCCCAUUCAAAAACAGUACUGAUGAUGUCCAAUAAAGCUGA